CUAAGUUCUGGCGUGGUAACGUGAUUUGAAAAGUACACACAGUCAAAUUGGUGGAACACGGUGGGGGUAGCCUUGGAUGUAACUCGUUUUAAAAUAAUCUUAAGAUAAUUUAACAUUGUGAUAUUGCUACGUUGCAUGUUUUGGUGUGACCACUCUUUGACCGAUUACAACAUUUCAUUUUGUGUAACGUUAGCUACCGGUUUUGUCUUAACUCGGUUCCUACCUGUGUUGUUAGAAAGAAAUUUGAACCUUUGUAUGAUUGUGUUUCUACGUUACUGACAUUACCAGCCAUCGGCAAAGCAGAGGCGACAUUGUACUCGCCAUUUAAUCUACGCGUACGUGGACAGAGGAGUUAUUCAGCAUGGUGUUCUUCACAUGCAAUGCUUGUGGCGAAUCCCUGAAAAAAGCCCAGGUGGAUAAACACGUGACUAUGUGCCGAGGCUGCCAGGUUCUGUCUUGCAUUGACUGUGGAAAAGAUUUCUGGGGUGAUGACUACAAAAAUCACAUAAAAUGCAUCAGCGAAGACCAGAAGUAUGGGGGUAAAGGCUAUGAGACCAAAGCAAACAAAGGAGAUGUAAAACAGCAUCAAUGGAUCCAGAAAAUCCACGAAGCCAUGAACAAACCUGGAGUUAGUGCAAAGCUGAAAGAUGUGCUCCAGCAAGUCGGUGCAUAUGACAAUGUCCCAAGAAAAAAGGCCAAGUUUGAGAAUUGGAUGAGAAACAGUCUAAGGAUUACCAACUCAGGUCUACAUGAAGAUGUAUGGGACAUCCUGAAUGCAGCUACUGACAUUAACCCUGAUGUACCCAAGAAGAAAAAACAAGUGAAAAAGACGCUGACUGUAGUUGAAGUGGAUAGUAAUACUAAAGAAAAGCAAAACGGCCAUUCGGAGAUGAAGAAAAAGAAACUUACAAAACAAGAGCGUAAAGAAGCCCGUCAACAGGCAAAUGGGAAACUUGAGAAAAAAUCAAAAAAGGCAGAACUGGCAGUAGCCGAGGAAGACCACGUAGCCAAAAAGAAAAACGACAGAAAGAGAUCAAGGGUUUGUGAAGACAAUGAAAAUGGGAACCAAGAUGGUGCCUUUGAGCAAAUGUCCAGCAAAAAGGUGAAAACUGACCAAACAGCAGAGGUUGCUGUAUCUGAGCAGAGUGAGGAUCUAGCGGUUGCCAAAGGGAAUUUCAAAUGGAAAGAAACUAUUAAGGCAGUAUUGAGAAAUUCACCUGACCAGCAAUUACCAGUGAAGAAACUCAGGAAGAAGGUUCUGGCUGCCUACUUCUCAGUCACUGGUGAUGGGAAUUUAAAGACAAAUGAGGAGGUCCUUGCACUUUUCAAGAAGAAGAUUAAUCACAAUCCCAAAUUUAGAGUUUUGAAGGACAGAGUUAGUCUUGUAAAUUAACUAAGCAGAUUCCACCUCGAUGGCAUGAAAUGUAUAUCUGUUCAAGAUUAUGCUCAUUGUUCAGUGUUAUGAUUUUCAGGUAAGAUCUUGAUGAUUAAACCAUUUGUCUUUUA